AAAUACUCAUUAAAGGGCACUCUAGUGUAUUGUACCUCCAUGCUGCCUCCCUUUCUGGUACUGCUAACCACAAUGGCCAGGCUCGUAUGAGGGAGCUGCCCCUGUCAGUAGCACAGACGGCUCAGCAGCGCAGCGGCUCCAGAUUCACCAGGACACUGACACCGAGACGCAAGUGGAGAAUAUGACACACACCGGAGAAAAGAAAGGUCAAUGUGGCUAUUAAAGCAGCUCUCUGGGGUAGUUAUCAGUCACCGUGGAUUCCUGAGGCCUGUCUCUAUAGCAACCCAUUCCUCCUCCUGAGUGCUGCUGCCAACUUACCCUCUCCACCACACGACAAAUCUCUCCUCAUCCCCCCUGGCCAAUCGCCGGAUCUGAACUGCGUUGGAAUGGACACUGAGUCGACCCACUCGGGCUACUCCUAUCACUCCAGCCGCUCGGGGAGAUCAAACCGACAUGGGGAUCGAAGUCGCGAGCGGCACAAGGCCAGCAACAGUAAAGACAGCAGUCGCUCUGAGAGGUCCGUUGUCAUCAACCCCCCUGACACGCCCUCCCAGGACUCCCCCAUUCACAAUGGAGAUCCGCUGCCAGGAGAACCCACACCAGCAGCAGAUCAGGGAGAUGAGGCCCAGGAUGAUAACUGGGGGGAAACCACCACCGCAGUGACAGGCACCUCAGAGCUGAGUAUUUCUCAGGAGGAAGUGGUUGGACUGGGGAAGGGAAUGCAGGACCGGACUGCAGGCUUCCGCCGUUAUCUUCCCCUGGCUGUAGGCUCAUGUGUGGUGCUGCUGGUGCUGGCCACACCCCUGGCCUUCCUGCUUCUUCCAGCUGUAAUGUGGCCAGACAGGCUGCAGGCUUGUGGCGCAGCCUGUGAGGGACUCUUCCUCUCCAUCGCCUUCAAGCUCCUCAUCCUCCUGUUGGCCAUGUGGGCCUUGUUUCUCAAGCCGGGCCGGGCAAGCCUGCCCAGAGUGUGUGUGUACCGUGCCUUCCUCACCACACUUACACUUCUUCUCACCAUGUCUUAUUGGCUCUUCUAUGGGGUCCGGAUCCUUGAUGCACAGGAUGAGGACUACCAUGGGAUCGUCCAGUUUGCCGUGUCCCUCGUGGACUCCCAGCUGUUUGUCCACUACCUGGCCGUGGUGCUGCUGGAGCUCCGCCACCUCCAGCCCUGCUACAGCGUGUGUGUCAUCCGCUCCACAGACGGCGAGACACGUCACUACAACAUAGGACAGCUUAGCAUUCAAAAGGCUGCGCUGUCCAUUUUGGAGUAUUACUACAGAGACUUCCCACUCCAUAACCCAGCCCUUCUCUCUGCCUCUAAGCACCGGGCUGCCAAACAUUUGGCCGGGUUGAAGGUGUACAAUGUGGAUGCUUUUAAAAACAAACUGAGAAAAUACCUUUUGGACACUCCGGGGAACACAGCAGGAGCGCAGCCUGGUAAUGGGAAUCAGUCACGGGCUAUGGUUACAGCUGCCGCCAAACGCAAAGACAGCGCCCACAAUGAGCUGUACUAUGAAGAGGCCGACUACGAGAGAAGAGUCCGUAAACGUAGAGCCAGGCUGGUGGUGGCUGUGGAGGAGGCCUUCACACAUGUCCGUCGGAUGAAAAAAGAGGAUGAGCGUGGGACACCGUCUGACAUCAUGGAUGUGCGUGAAGCAGCUCUGGCUAUAUUUCCCUCCAUGGCCCGUGUGCUGCAGAAGUACCUCCGCACCACCAGGAGGCAGCACUGCCACAGCAUGGAGAGCAUCCAGAAGCACCUGGCUUUCUGCCUCGUCAAUAACAUGAGCCCUAAGGCAUUCCUCGAGGCCUAUCUGGCCCCUGGGCCGACCCUGCAGUACAGCCCUGAGCGCUGGAUGGCAGACCAGUGGACUUUGGUCAGCGAGGCUUCUGUCACCGGCGGCAUAAAGGAGGGGUCAGAGUUCCUGCUAAGAUGUCUUGACUUUAGCUUAGCUGUGACCGUCAAGGGCAUCCCGUACAUCAGACUGACUGAGGAGUACAUAGACCCCAAGUCUCACAAGUUUAUACUGCUGCUCCAGUCAGAAACCUCAGUUUAACGCAGUGGACCAGUGCUGCUGAUCUGGACUUACAGGACUGUUACACAUCUCCGACUGAAUUUUUCAAACAAUAACUUUUUGUACUGUUUUUUUUUUGUACUUUUGUUUAUGUAAUUUCCUCACAAAGAAUAUCUUUGUUUCCUUGUCUUUGUCCCAAGCAACAUGAAAGUUGAUCAAAGACAGAAAAUGGGAGGGAUUAUGCUUGGAUUUCUCUGUCCUGACAUUUGCAGAACACAGUUCAGGUAUUCCUCUAUGCACGACAGAUGACCCUCACAAAUCUUCUUUUUCCUUUUAUUUGCAUGUGCCAGUGUGUGCCUGCGUGGGGGAGUUCAUGAUU